UUAAUCUGUCACCGUCAGCAAGUCAGCAUUAUUUGACUUGUUCACCCGUUUUUCAGUUAAUUUAUUCGACUUUUCUUUGCUAAUGUCGCUCCUACUCAAUAUUUUAGUAUUUUAAUAUUUGCUAAGUUAAAUAAUUCGUCCGAACUAAUGUAUUUUCUUCUACAAUUUGUAAAGAUAAAUACAUAACCAAUAAAUCAUAUUUUUAUGUAAAGUAAUUGCUUAUAAUCCUGCUGUGCAAUUAGCAUAGGAUAAAAAUAUAAAUGGCCUCUAUAAGUGACUUACGUAUUGCGGUAAUAUGUUCAAGUAAUAUGAAUAGAAGCAUGGAGGCCCAUGCUUUCUUAUCGAAAAAAGGAUUUGACGUAAAGUCCUAUGGAACAGGUGAUAAAGUAAAAAUUCCUGGAUCUGCAGCUGAUAAACCAAAUAUUUACGAUUUUGGCACUUCCUAUGAGGAAAUAUACCUCGAUUUACUGCAAAAAGAUAAAUCAUUGUAUACGCAAAAUGGUUUAUUGCACACUUUAGAUAGGAAUAGAAGAAUUAAGUCGCAUCCAGAAAAGUUUCAAGAAUGUGACGAAAAGUUCGAUAUCCUAAUAACGUGCGAGGAAAGGGUUUACGAUCAAGUUUUAGAAUUUAUGGAAAGCAAAACACCAACGGAUAAUUCGAUAGUCCAUGUGAUCAAUAUUGAUAUCCAAGACAACUUGGAAGAAGCCGUAAUUGGAGCCUUUUUAAUUAGUGAUAUGUGUUUAAUGAUGGCAAAAGCGGAAGAUCUCGACAAUGACAUUGAAGAAGUCUUACAUAAUUUCGAAGAAAAAUGUCAACGAUCAAUUUUACACAGUAUCGUCUUUAAUUAAUUUAAACGUUGUUUAUUAACAAAAAAAAUAUGUAUCUGCACGGAUUGAUUUGAAUUUAAAUGUAUAUUGUACUAGGGAAGGAUAUUAUGUAAUAUAAGCGGCAUUCACUAAAAACUUGUAAUAUAUUAUGCGAGGAUCUUCCAGAAAUAAAAUAUUUUAUUAUAUAGUA